AUGCAGAUGGAGGCGGACACAGUGCGCAAAAAGUACCGAUCCGUGAGGUCGAGUCUGAAGAUGGACGCCUCGUUUUACGUGUCUUGCCUCGACGAGUUGGAGGGGAGCAUACGCGAGCAAGAAAACGAAAUCAAGCGACUGCAGAAAGUAAAGGUGGAGGCAAUGGAGCUGAGAGACGCGACGAGGGAGGCGCUGACGAAGCAGGAAAUCGAGGCCAUUCAAACGUCGAAGGAGCGCGAAAGCGCGAUACAAGAGUUCAGAAAACGCGUGGAGGAGCGCAAACUCGAGCUCGAGCGCAUCGAGCGCCACAUGUUCUCGACGACGAGAACCAACGCGCCGAGGGACGACGACGACUAUGCGCCCGACUCCCCGGAAUCGGCAAGGGACGUGCCCCGGAGCGAGAUCGACAGACUGGAGGAGGUGUUUGUCAAACUGCGCAACGCCACCGGGGUGUCGAAGACGGAGGAGGUUCUGGACAGGUUUCUGGCCCAGAAGGCGACUCGGGAGAAGCUGAAGAAGAUGCAAGCCGUCACCGAGGAGGAAAAGAUGCGGCUCGAGAAGCAGAGGCAGCAGCUCACCGCCGAGAUUGAGAUGCAAAAGUUCUCUGAGACCAAGGACGCCGACCAGACCGCGGAAAAGUCAGAUCGAUUGAAACGGGAGAUAGAGGAGCAGAGACGCAGGGAGGAAGACGCGCUGGCGAAGCGGGAGGAGCUCCAGGAGUCGCUGAGGAACAUCGGACGCUUCCUCUACGCGUUUUACCAAAGACUCCGCUCCGAGAAGACCGACGUAUUUGAGGAAAACGGUGUGGCGGUUGUGGAGGACGAAACCACUGGAGUGCCGGAUUCGAUGGAACUGCUGGACGAGCUGAACAACAACGUCAACGAGUUCAUCGAGAACAUUGGUGGCUCGGACAAGUACAACGACUUGUUGGACCAGAUGCUCAGCGACAAGAUGGAAGCCUUGUCCCUGGGAGCAUCGUCGGAGCAGACAAAAGAGUCGGUAAGCGUCGAUGAUCGGCCGCUGUUUUUCUUGUUUCCUACCGUUACGACUCCGGCGGCCCAAACUCAGCCCUCGGAGGACGAGGAGGACAUACCGUCGAGGAGUACCAUCAAGAGACAGGCGCAGCUGCUCGUCGACACCAAGAGUAGGAGGAAAGGCUUUGCUUUCAAGAGAUAA